UUGUACUAGUGAUGAAGUAAUUGAGUGGUUUGAACAAGUGUCACAGAAGGGUGGUUCUGUUCAGAAAGAGAUACUAUCCCAGAUUCUGAAACAGAACCAUGGUGCUGAGUAUGUGAAGAAAUGGUUGGGGUAUCACAACAUCCAAGAAAUGGAUUCAUCUGCAUUGGAAUCACUUUUCACUUCUGUGGUUCCAAUUUCUUCUCAUGCAGAUUUUGAGCCUUUUAUCCAAAGGAUUGCAGAUGGGGACACUAAUCCUUUACUCACCCAACAAUUCUGGUACUACAGAGGGAAGGCAGAAGUUCGUACCUUUUACCCGCCAUAGUGCACAAACUACCCUUCAAAUUUUCACCUUAGCAGCAGCAUACAGAUCAAGGGUUUAUCCCAUAAGAGAAGGAGGAAAGAUUCUUGAAUUCAUAUACAGCAGCAACACGUUCAAAACAAAAGGAGGCCUAACGGUAGGAACAGCCACAACACACUACUAUGCAAGUGAAGAGUUCAAGAUCAAACAAGAACAAACAAAAUCUUUCACUUGUAGCCCGGCCGAAGUAAUUUCCGGCGGGGACUACAAGCAAUCGACAUACUGCCACCUCCUCCUCGGCCUCUUCUUCUCCGACCAAGUCGAAUUUAUAACCUCUGCUUUUGUCUACAGCAUAAUCCAAGCAUUUCGCAGCUUCCAGGAGCUUUGGUGUGAGAUAUGCAACGAUAUUAGAUCCGGCUCGCUUAGCUCGCGAAUUAAGUUGCCAAAGAUGAGAAAGGCAGUUUUGGAAAUCAUUGGUCCAAACCCAAUUUUGGCAUCAAAAUUGGAAAAUAUUUGCAAGGAGCUAGAAUUGGUGGAUUGGUUUGGUUUGAUUCCAAAGCUUUGGCCAAAUGCUAAGUAUGUUUAUUCAAUAAUGACAGGGUCUAUGCUACCUUAUGUGACAAAGCUUAGGCAUUAUGCAAAUGGAUUACCUUUGGUUAGUGCUGAUUAUGGGUCAACUGAGAGUUGGAUUGGGGUUAAUGUGGAUCCAAGUUUGCCACCAGAGAAAGUAACAUUCACCGUUGUUCCUACUUUCUCUUACUUUGAGUUCAUUCCACUUUAUAGACAUAAUAAGCAAGAAGAUUACAGAUCAAUUGUUGCUGAUGAUUUUAUUGAAGACAAGCCAAUUCCACUUUCUCAGGUUAAAGCAGGACAAGAGUAUGAAAUUGUCCUUACAACUUUCACCGGACUAUACAGGUGCAGAUUAGGAGAUGUGGUAGAGGUGGCAGGAUUCCACAACGGGAUCCCAAAACUGAACUUCGUAUGCAGAAGGAAGUUAAUUCUAACUGUAAACAUAGACAAGAACACAGAGAAGGACCUCCAAUUAGUAGUAGAGAGAGGGUCACAACUUCUGAACAGAGCAAAGAAAGCUGAGCUUGUUGACUUCACCAGCUACGCUCAUGUCUCCAACGAACCCGGCCAUUACGUGAUCUUCUGGGAGAUCGACGGUUACGCCGAGGACAGUUUGUUAGAGGCGUGUUGCACCGAGAUGGACGCGUCGUUUGCCGAUCACGGUUACGUGGUUUCUAGAAAGACCAAGUCAAUAGGGCCCCUUGAGCUUUGCAUUGUGGAGAGGGGAACAUUCAAGAAGAUUCUGGACAACUUCAUUGCUAAUGGGGCUGCUUUGAGCCAGUUCAAGACUCCUAGGUGCACUAGUAACCAUGGCAUGCUUAAUAUCCUUAGGGCUUGCGCCCUCAAGAAGUUUCGUAGCACUGCUUACAACACUUGAACUCAAUAAUAUCAUUUAUGAACAAUUAAUAAUAUAAUUAAUUAACGCUUGCGUUAUUUAAUUUCAUAUAUAUAUAGUAUCGAAAAAUUUUCACAUAUUCCAUCCACUUUAUUGAAAUACUGCUAUGUCAUGUACAAAAUAAUAGCUGGGAAAACAUUUGUUAUGCAGCAGGUAAUGUAAUACCCAAAACAUCCUUGGAACAAUACGUAAAAAGAUCGAA